GGUGCAUCUGACUUGAUUUGGGAAACUUCGCAUUAGUUUGUAUUUGCGAAGUUUGUUAUACUUUAUAUAUUUCGGCGGUUUUCAAAUUUAUACUUAUUCAAGAUAUUAGCAGAAAAGACAGCUUCCAUGUCGUGGUUGAAACCUAGGAAUCUGAAUAACCUUACUAGGGUUUGUUCGAAACCAUUAGGAUGUAUACGCUAUUACAGUCAAAUAAUCAACAAUACACCUAAAUUGUUAACACCAAUUGGUCUCCAAAACUCUCCUUUGGAUAGCACAGACACUAGUAAACAACCCAAGCUGACAGCUAGUCAACGUCAAGACAAAAUUCUCAGAGAGAUGAAAGGAUCAAUAGUCCAGGAUAUUUCUGAAGUCCAACAGAAUAACGGAAAACUAUUUUAUUCUCCACCUAGGGUGUUCAAAAAGGAGGCCUCUCUUUGGAUGUACAAUUUUCAGGGAAAAUCUUUGUCUGGGGAAAAGGUAAAUCUAUACAGAAACUGCUUGGGAAAACCCUCUGUAGUAUUGCUUUUUGGGAAUAGUUAUGGUGAAAAUCAGAGUAAACAGUGGAUACAAGACCUCGAUAAGAUUAGCGACUUUCCAGUAUUCUAUUUUAACGUCCAGUCCAAUAUCAUGAAGUACUUUUUAACGCGAUUAUUCUCGGGAAGUAUCAAGAGUUCUCUUCCUUCUAAAGAAUGUUGGAGUAACUAUGUCAUUUCGUUGAACAGAAGAUUACGCUAUCCGGAAAUUCAAUGGAACAAUCGAUUAGUUGGAAAUCUGUUUUUACUUGAUGAAACUUGCAAGAUAAGAUGGGCAGGGACGGGCUUCCCUACAAAAGAGGAAUUGGAAAGGUUUCACGAUGCCUGCAAAUUUUUGAAAAGCCAGUCUUCAAAAGCAUAAUAUUAAGCAGUGAUAGAUAUGAUGACUUCCAUCCGUAUUCCAUGUAUACAUCUUUUUUCAGUGAAAAAAGAAAAAUAGCAAAGUUAAUGUGGAAAUGAGAAUAGAAAAAAUAAUAACGUCCCUUUGCUUUCUAGACUUUGUUUUUCGUAAAACUUGAUUGAUAAAUGGUAUAGUCAAUGCCACACGAUUUACACGAUCAGAAACACUUUGAAGAACGCUACUUUGAUAUUCAAAGUCUUCACGAGUAGCUAGCGCUCGUUCAAGCAGUUCGUUCGUUCCCCUAAUGGAGUUGUCCAGUGAAUUUGCCUCUUGUAGCUCAUACAUAUUUUCCAUAGCUUUAACGUUUUCGGUAUUAUCCAACCCAGCAGAGCUAACUUCGUUACUCAAGACUCUCUUCAUUAAGUUUUCAUCACGUUUUAGACGGUCCAAAUGAGAUUGUAGACUGACCUUGGAAUGCGAAUCAUCAUCUUCAAUCGUCGAUAUUGCUUGUUCUAACAGUUGUCGGCGUUCUUCCAGUAAUUUUUCAGCUUGGUUUGGAUCCUUAUGGAGUACCUUUUGAAAUUGAGAAGCUUUUUUGACAGAAUCUCUUAAGAGCAUUGACUUCAUGUUUAGGUUUUGUUUCCACCAGAUUACUGUUAGCAAAUCCUCCGAAUGCAACAAAUAAAGUAUUUUAAUCAAUAGAGAUUUCAAUAUAUUAAUCAAUGACUGUAAAUGAUAAGUUUGCAGUCUCGAA